GGCCUCGCGCAGACGCAGAAGGCUUCCCGCGAGGCCGUCCCUGUGCGCAUGCGUUGCCGCGUCUGUUCUGUGGAGGGAAAAACUGGCUGUCGCGCCGGUCCCUGUGGGAGGAAAAAGUAUGCAUCCAUGAAAGGCCCAGUAAAGUCUUUAUCUCCCUGUCCUUCUGUAAGAACAAUUUGUGCAGGCAUGGAUGAGUACAGCCGCUUUGUGGAUUGGGACAAGAUGGAUGCCAGCAUCCAGAACCAGGACCCAAAGGAGUUAACUUGCACAGAAUUCCAGGAGCUGAAACAGCUGGCCCGACAGGGCUACUGGUCCAAGAACCACUCUUUGCGAGCCAAAGUAUACCACAAACUCAUUCGUGACAUUCCAUGUCGCACAGUGACACCAGAUGCAAAUGUGUACCGUGACAUUGUUGUGAAGAUAGUUGGCAAACGUAAUAGUGGCACCCUCCCACUGCCAGAGUUUGUGGAUAAUAACCUGGUUCCCACUUACUGCUUGAAUGCUGAGGGCAUUGUGGCUGUCAGGAAGAUAAUUUCCUGCAUUGGUAAUCAAUUCCCUGACAUAUCAUUCUGCCCAGCACUGCCUUCUGUGGUUGCUCUGCUCCUCCACUACAGCCAGGAUGAGGCAGAGUGUUUUGAGAAGGUGUGUCGCAUCCUUGCUUGCAAUGAUCCCUCCAAACGCCUCAUUGAUCAGACUUUCCUGGCUUUCGAGUCCUCCUGCAUGACCUUUGGUGACUUGGUUAACAAGUAUUGUCAGGCAGCACACAAGCUAAUGGUAGCAGUAUCUGAGGAUGUGCUAGAAGUAUACUCUGACUGGCAACGGUGGCUCUUUGGAGAACUGCCCAUGGUAUAUAUUGCUCGGGUCUUUGAUGUAUUUCUGGUGGAGGGCUACAAGGUGCUGUACCGGGUUGCACUGGCCCUUCUCAAAUUCUUUCAUAAAGUAAGAGCUGGGCAACCUAUGGAGUCAGACAAUAUUCAACAGGACAUUCGCACUUUUGUGAGGGACAUUGCCAAGUCAGUGUCUCCUGAGAAGCUCCUGGAGAAAGCCUUUGCCAUACGACUUUUUUCCAGGAAGGAGAUCCAGCUUCUACAGAUGGCCAACGAGAAGGCCUUGCAGCAAAAAGGCAUCACAGUCAAACAGAAGAGGCAAAAUGUGCACUUGGCAGUUCAUGCCGAGAACUUCAAGUCUGAAAUAGUCAGUGUGAAAGAAAUGAGAGAUAUCUGGUCAUGGAUCCCAGAGCGCUUUGCACUUUGUCAGCCCCUUUUGCUUUUCACCACUUUGGAGCAUGGUUGCAGCCUGAACAGGUUUUAUUCUCACAUUGAGGGACAUGAGCCAACUCUUCUCCUAAUCAAGACGACAGCCAAAGAGGUCUGUGGAGCAUAUUUGUCAACAGACUGGAGCGAGCGCCGGCGUGGAGGAAACAAACUGAGUUUUUUCGGGACUGGAGAGUGCUUUGUGUUCAGGUUGCAGCCAGAAGUGGAACGCUAUGAGUGGGUGAUAAUCAAGCACCCGGAGCUGGCAAUGGCUGGUUCUGAACGAGGGAGUCAUUCCACACAGGCUUCCAAUGCCACAUCCUUCAGUUCUGUCCCCUUAGACCCAUCAGAUCGCCUUUCCCCCUUCCUAGCUGCUCGGCACUUCAACUUGCCUUCCAAAACGGCUUCUAUGUUUAUGGCUGGCAGCACCGAGUGUAUCAUCAUAGGAGGUGGUGAUGGCCAAGCUUUCUACCUCGAUGCAGACCUGAACCAUGGGAGAACCAGCCACUGCAAUACCUUCAAUAAUCAGCCACUGUGCUCUGAAAACUUCCAGAUCUCUGUUUUGGAGGUGUGGGGGUUCAAGGACACCUUGAGUGUCUGAGCCCCCAAACAAGCUCGCAAUGUCUCAGAAUUCUCAAGACAGACCAAUAGUAAUGUAAGAGCCAAACUAGCACAAGUUAUCUUGGGCUUGUUAUCAUUUAAUACUGACUAAAGAGCAUGCUAAAAAUGCGGGGCUUAGCUAUUUACUUAUUGCAUAGAAAGAUGCAAUAGUAAAGGGCUAGAUGAUGCAGCUGGUUAAUUCCUUAGCUGCUUACUUCUAGAGACCUGGGUUCAAAUACCACUUUCAGUAACGAGUGGGACUAUGGUGAUUUCAGCCUGCUCCAAAGCAGACUUCUGUCCAUAUCGUAGAAUCACCACACAGACCAAUGCAGUUCAGGUCUAAGGCCUAGGACAUGCUAAGUGGAACUGAGGUAUGUUGGCAGAGCUCCAUGGCACUUGUACAGUGCCUGACUUAAGCCAGUGAUGUUAAGCUUUCAACUUGCAGGAAUACCCUACAAUCUACAAAAUAUAAACCACUGUCUUGUCUCAAAUAAGAUCAGUAUCCUUCUACAAAGAGACUCUAACUGUAGUUCCUACAGCCAGGCAGGCUCAGGUGGUCCUUUUCAUCACUCAUUCAUGAACAAGUUAGAAAAGCCCUUGACUUGUGAAAGGAACAAUGAUUGUUAAUUAUGUUUUUCCUUGCAUCUGAUACCCACUCGUGUUCUAGUUUCAUUUUCCUGUCGAGUUUUUUCCUCUGUAAAAGGUAUUGUCUGGACAAUGGUUUCUCAGAGGGCUGACUUUGUGUUUACAUUCUUAUUCCAUAUCAGCAUAAUGACUUCAAAUUAUAAUAUGACUUGCGGGUCAGGCAGCUAAAAUCAGCAGGGUAUAUGCAGUGUACAAAUUCUCAUCUGUUUUCGUUUGUCAUGGCAGCUAAGAUGAGGCUUUGCACCAGGAAGUGAUAACUGUCACAAUGGGACAAUGUGGGGGAAGACUUGAGGCAAUGUUAGCCAUUGAAUACAGUAACUCAGUGAUUUUUCUAAAGGGAAAUUGAUACGGUGAGGUGAUUCUUCUUCCAAUGCAGAAAGCCAAGCAUACUUAUCAAUGUCAGUCUUAUGCCUGGGAUUGUACAAGUUCCUGAGAGAGGCUGUAGGGGAUGCUGUUCCUCUAUCCCAUGAGUCUGCCAGGUGAGACUAAUGCUUCAUCCAGUCCCUCCCUCCAUGUGAAAGGCAAGCUGCUUUGCUAGCAAUGACUUUUUGGUGCAGGUUAGACAAGGCAGAAAAGGCUUCUCUGGCUCCCUUAAGUUCUCCUGGGUCUCUUCCCCAAUUGUGCUUUGUUAUCUUGAGUGAUUAAAAGUGAUUUCCCAUUGCCUGAGAUUUAAUUAGCUGCCUGGAUUUGGGACUGGUACGUACUAAGCAGGGGGAGGACAUUUCAAUGCUCAUUGGGGACCGGUAUGAGCAAAAACAUUGGAGAAUUCUCUAAAUAGCUCAGACAGCUCACCAGUAAAGGGGAGAUCUCUAACUAAAUGGAGGAAAGUGGAAUGCUGUUUCUUCUGGAGAUAUACACCUAGAUGACUGCACUAAACUGGGGACUCUUAAUGGUUAUUUUUUAUGCUGGAUUUCUUUCAUAAAGCAAGAUCAAAAUGUGCAGUCCCAAUCAGUGGCUCAGUGGGCUAAGCAAGGUCUUGUUAGAAUCCGAUUCAGUUAGAGUCCAAUUCAGCUGACUGGCUUGCUCAGUCUUCCUUCACACUGUAGAUGCCUGAUGCAAGCUGUAUUCUGUGUGAAGUGAGCUUGUGGCACCUAGCCUUGCACCUGGCAUAGGUGGCUAGGAGUCCAGUGAGUGAAGUUAUCGCAUUGCCUACAUUAGUUCCCAGGUUUUAAUUGACUAAACCAAGACCCUUUCUCCUCCAGGUAGUCUUAGAGCACAGGUUCACUUUUAAAGUCUCAGGGUUCUGAAAUGUCAGUAUUCACUCCUUAAUUCUACCAGAAGGAAUAUAACUUCAGCCACACUCUAACCAAUAGAUUACAAAAGCAAGCAGUCAUUGUCCAAUAUUCCUUGCAAAAGUUGCACACGCAAAUUUUGUGCACAGCUGCCUGCUAUCAAAUAUGUCUUAUUCAAAAUACUGUUUAUUUUUGUGUCCAGCUUUUUGAGGAGGAAAACAGACCCUCCUGCUGGCAGUACAAGGAGCCACUUUGAAAACAGAUUUCCACCCACUGGGAUGGAGGGAUCCUUGGAAAUAAGAACAGGGAAGGUUCACUAGUUUAGUUCAAGCAUAGUUUAGUUCAAGUCCCAAAUACAAUAUCCCAAAUCUUUGUCUUGGGAGUAAAUCAGCCAGUUCCCAGAUAGUUCCUGCCCAAGAUGGUUAAUUGCACUGAUAGUAUGGAGAGCUCCAGUCCCUGAAAUGAGAUCUGGACUUCCUUCCAAAGCGAAGGAGAAAAUAACCAAGGUGACAGAUUUAUAUUUAGUAGGUUGAGCUCCAGAUAGCUCCUCUUCAGCCAGAUCACUGUUCAGGUAUCACUAGAAGGGUUCCUAAACCUGCUGAUGCUCUCCAAGUGAUGCUGCUGAGUACAGCCUGGGAAAACAAGUGAGAACUGUGUUCCAUAGACGGUCACUUCAUUAACUGCUCUGACAUGGGUAGAUCAUAUCUCAGUAGUGAGCAAUGUAAAAAUCCCCUUGGUGCCUUUAACUCAUUGUGUCUGCUUCUCAAAAUAAGACUUCUCCAGAUUGGUACUUGACCUGAAAAGGCAGUGACAUAGAGGUGGUGGGGUAUGGUUAAUGCAUCUUUUGACAGUGCUGGGAGCAGCUGAUACAAUCUAACGGCACCUGUUACUAUUGAUGGAAAAGAGCCUUGACAAUCAUACAGUGUUUUACAAGCUCCUGGCAAGUGCUGCCUUCUGCCUGUCAGAUACUGGAAAGUAAAUGCCAUAUCACUCUUUGAUACUUAUUAAUACCCUAUCAUCUUUGCUUGUGCAAAAGAUUCAUUCAGAUAUCUUUAGAGGGAUCUUCUAAAUAUAUUUUCCCUGGCCCUCAUCCUCCCAGAUUGUCUACAAUUUGCUCUCUCCCUCAAGCUGUUUGUUGGCAAGAGCAAAUGAAUCUUGCCUAAAGCAAUUCACUUCACUUUUUCUGUCUGCAAAAUACAGCCAGAGAUCAGCAGAAAUGUUUUAAUUUUCACGUCUCCCUCCCACCUGUACUGUACAUAGCAAUAGAGUUUAAGUGUCAUAGUUAUCUUGCUCCUCAAAUCAUGUCUGAAAAGUCCCUUCCCUCUCUUCCCCCAGUAUGUUUGGGUGGAAGCAUGACCUCAUGAAAUAGCAGGAAUAGAAGCUGAUGUGACAAACUUGGUUUUAGAAAUACUAGCAUGAUUUUUUCUUCCAUAAAGCCUGAAGGAAGUUAGGCAUGCAUUUCUACCAAAAAUCUAUGGGAUUUAGGAACCUGACUCUCAGGUCCCUUAGAAAACCAGGGUAAUAGCAGCCUCUAAACCCUCUCACAGCUAGGGCCCACAAAAAAACCCUUAGAACAUAUAUAGGUAGUCAUUUGCAGAAAGACAGCAAGCUAAAAUUAAGUCUCCACUUCAUAAAGGAGGUCAUUACAAUGGGUUUUGGAUGUCUGUGGCUAGUAAUUUCUAAGGAAACUUCUUUGCAGUUGGAAAGGGAAUAUAAACGUUACCUUUGGAGCACUUUUGUGGGGGAGGAGGGUGGCCAUUAUAUAGAGUGGACCUUGUGCUGGGAAGAUCCUGUUGCAUGAAUCCUGCUUUGGAAAUGGUGGCUCACAAGUCUGUGAACUUGUCACAGAAGUAACUUCUCCCUUCUGCCAGAUGGAUAGGGAAGCUGAUCAUAUCUAGGACUAUUUUUCUUUGUUCAUAUCAAUACCAGCAGCGUCAGUUUGCAAGAGUUGGUGCUAAAAAUGUCAUUAAGGCAAGUAUUUAAGAAAAAAAAUCCUAAAAGACCAAUUUAGUAUUUGUACAUUCUGUGUCUGAACAUUGCACUUGCAGAGAAGCUGCAGUAAUCUAUCACGGGGGACUGUACAAAGUUCUCUCUUGUGUGCUGCUUUUGUAAUUGCUCAGUAAAUACUAAUGCUUUUUGUGUGUGUGUGUGUGUGUGUGUGUGUGUGUGUGUAUGUAUAUAUAUAUAUAUAUAUAUAUAUAUAUAUAUCAUUCUCUUUAAAUGGGGAGCCUCUGUAACCUGAGGGAAUUUCCUUUCCAGUGACAAAGUUGUCUGUGCAAUUAAAGAGUAAAACAGAAAUCUAUCCAGGUUCAUGGAUCUUGGUGCAAUAAUGGUCCAUAUGCCCUAUGCAGAGCUCUUGGGGCUGAGCUUACAGACCAGUUUUUGAGAAGACUGCUACAGUGGUGGCUUAUCAGAGAAUUGCAAGUAUCCUAAUGGCUCCUACUGUGAAGUCCGUUAACAUUAUAGUGCUUCUGAAUAGCUGCUGAUAAUGUACACUCCCUCUGGGAAGAAUACUCCUAAUGGCAUGGCAGGGGUGGUAUUGAGUGCCAUUUGACUAUGCUGUUCAUAUAAAGUCAAGGUUUUGGCUUUUGAGAAGUCAUUGCUGCCCUUUUGGAAGUGAAUCUCUGAUUUCCUGAGGAACCAUUUGUGCUCUGUAAUAUUUUAGUAGCCAGGAGGAUUCCUGGGAGUAGGGAAAGCAGAUAAGACUAGAAACCCUCAGACAGCUGAAACUGGACUGAAGUUACUGUUAAUAGCUUCUGAGUUGCUUGCAGUCCAGAGACCAGCUGUUAUCCAGUCCCAUGUGUCUGGCAUUUGAGCAUCUUGGAAGUUAAUUGUUUCCUGAAAGAUAUGCGCUGUUUGAUUAGUUUUCACCUUUUUCUCAAUGGAAAGGUGACACAAAAGGAAACUCUCUUCUGUUUUAAACUCUUUUGUUAUAGGAUGAGAUAAAAUAGGCUGUUAUUUAAAGAAUUAAAUUCAUCAACAGAAUUCUGUUUAAGCCAAAAGAAAACAACAUCUUGCAUAUCAAUCAACUCCUCCUGUGUGUGCGUGUGCAUAUGUGUUUGUGUGUGUAUCACCUUUCUGAUCUCUCUGCGUGUGUUUGAGUAUGUGCAUGUGGAUUUAAAUCCUAUCUUUACCCCCAUUGGAAUCUGUGUCCUACUUUCCUGAGGAAUCUUGAGUUUACACUGCCUUGGUGACAAUGCAGUCUCCAUGACAACAAUCCAUGAUGUUACAGCCAGUGGGGACUCAGACCCACCUGCAGCUAGGGCAAAGAAAAAGCUCAGCUGUUGCUAUCACCAUUUGGAAUACUCCAGGGAAAUGGAGCACCGAGAGUUUUGGAUGCUAUCUCAUCUUUAUGUGAUACCAGCCAUGUCUUGUGAUCCAGCCCCUUUCUGAGAUGAUUUUUUUUUUACUAGUAGUCUGUCUAUAGUUGAUGUGACUGUGUAGAUUUUUCUGUAUGUUGUUUUUCUCAAGGUGAUUGUAGUGCUGCCUAAUUGUGACUUUUUUGAGGUUGUGCAAUUAUGGUCCUCAUAUGGUCCUCACUGUUGGUGUUGAAUGUUUCUGUGUUUGUACAGAAUUUGAAUUGUACACAAAAAUAAACAUGAGAGCUUUUGGCUUCACCCUUUCAA